GGUACACAUAACAGUUGAUUGGAAAGUUGAUAAUGACAACCGAAAAGAAGAAACAUACUUUACAUCAACAAGUCAAUAAUGAAAAUUAUACAUUUGAUAAAAGCAGUGAUUUUGGGUGUUGUCUUAUAAUUAAAAUUAACAAAACAACGAAGACAAUAGGAGGUGGCCAUUCAAUACAGAAAUUUCGAACCGGUGCUGAGGCAGAGGUCCAGGAACUACAAGAUGUUUUUCGAAAGCCAAUUUACGAAACAAAAGUAAUCGAAGAGAAAAAUGAAAUAAAUUAUGUGAUUCCUGAUGUAGAAAAAUAUAUCAUAAAAAACGAUGGAAAUUUCCAAGCAUGCAAAAUUUUUGCAUGUGUUGUAUUAGCGUUUGGAGGACAAGGGUUUUUCUAUGACAGCACAGGCAACAAAAUUUCAAUGUCCACAGUCGUGAGGAAAUUCCAGUCUCGUCCAGCACUUCGACUUAAGCCAAAGUUGUUUGUUGUUCAGUUAUGUGACAUUAAUUUACAACCUGUUGGGAAGCAUGUUUUUGCUGAGGUAGAAGGGGGAUCUUAUCAACCUUCGCCUCUAUGGCCUCGAGAAGCAGAUGUUCUUAUCUAUGAAUCCAACAUUACAGAUUUGUCAUGCUCUAGAUUUAAUGAUGCGACAGCUGAAGGUAGGCAUAAUCCCAAACAAAAAGAGAAGAGAGAUCUCAAGGAGGAAGCGAAGAAUAAUACCAAGGCUGGGGAGCUGAAUGAUCCCAAAGGUGAGGAGAUGAAUGAUCCAGAGAAUAAGGGAAAAAAUAGCACAACGAAGGAAGAGAAAAUGGACCCCAAAGAGGGAAUACAAAAUUACUUUGAAUUUAAUGAGGUUAUUCUGAGAACAAAUUCAAAAUUGUCAACUUUCAUUAAAGAUAGAAAUAACUAG